AUGGCGGCCCAGAAGCAGCCCGGUCUUACAGCUGCACCGGCACAUCCCCCAGAUGUACCCUUUUCCCUCCAGCCUGCACGGGGGUCUGCAGAUCUCAGCCGGGGCAGCGCGGCUCCUCGACCGGAGCAGGCCCUGUCCCAGCUCGUGUACCUGAAAGCCCUCACCAUCCCGCUGUACCAGCCCCUCCAGGCAGGGUGCUUCCAGCCCCACGGCCAGCUAGUGGCUGCCAGGAGCUGCCUAAGCCUGGACGGCAACGGACCUCUGAUCCUGAACCCGCUUCUUCCUUCGGAGGGCACAGAGCAGCCGCAGCCCAUUUUCCAGAAGCAGCUCGGGCAAACUCUAACACUGAACAUAGUGAGCACUUUACCGGUUUUAUCACCACCGAAUUCUUGUGUAAACGCAUCUAUUGGAAGCCCAGGAAAAUCAAAAAAAGCUGGGAAGUAUAUCUGCAAGCACUGUGGACGAGAUUGUUUGAAGCCAAGCGUCCUUGAGAAACACAUUCGCUCUCACACAGGAGAGAGGCCCUUUCCAUGCACCACUUGUGGUAUUGCGUUUAAAACUCAAAGCAAUUUGUAUAAACACAGAAGAACUCAAACACACGUCAACAACACCAGACUGCCCUCAGACUCUGACAACGCGGGCAUGUUGGAGCCACACGAGAAAUCAACAGAGAGCACCACGUCACAUCAAGGCAGCAAACGACUUAGUAGGACCUGUGAGGACAGGGGGGUACAGAUGGAACAAACGAGUUCAGAGACCAGCGCGGACACUAAGAAACCUAAUGACCUUUCACUGCCACCAGCAAGCAAUUCAUCAUUUGCUUCAGGAAAUCAAGAAACAACGAAUCAGCCCUUUAGCGCACAGGCCAAUCAGGGGGCUCCUGAAAGAGAACCUCAAAGUUCAUCAUCUCCAGGAGCUUUGCCAAAUGGUCAGUGCCAGAGAAAGAAGCUACAGGAGCAGAGAACUCCAACGGCCCAUAAGCACGUGCAGUUGCAAAGGCAGCAAGCAACCUCUUCGGAAAAACAGUGGGAUUACAGGCCGCUUGACGGCAAGCUGAAGAAGUGUGAGAGCACCGACUCGGGGUACCUGUCCCGCUCCGACAGUACAGAACUGCAGAUGGCAUCACCCAGCCCUCUGCACAGCCUCUCUGAACACAGCGCCGAGCUGGAAAACGAAACUGCCGGCAGCAGCUCAAGGUGUGCCUCCAGAAGCCCUGCAAAGCCAGAGGCAGCUGAGAAGGCGACAGCCUCGAUGCUAGAGAAAAAGAGGCUGGAAGAACACAUUUCAAAACUUAUAUCUCAUAACAAAAGUGUGGUGGAUGAUACCCAGUUAGACAACGUUAGGCCCAGAAAAACUGUCCUUUCUAAACAGGGAAGCAUCGAUCUGCCAAUGCCUUAUACGUACAAAGACUCUUUCCAUUUUGACAUCAGAACUUGCGAUGUAAAUAGGAAAAAGAAUCUUUCCCUUUGUUCAGCAAAAUCUACCUUUGCACCCCUAGAAAAGGGCAAGCCAAUGUUCUUUCACUCAGUCCCCACCCAGUUCUCCACAACGGUCGAUACUGUGCCUGUCACGCGGAGCAACUCUCUGCCGGUCGCGGAGGGCACAGGAGCGGUGCGUGACACAGCAGGUCGCCCCAAACCACUUUCCCUUGCGAAGCAGUCUGUCAACAGCGGCACUGCCGCUUUGCUGCCUAGCAACAAUCUUGCUGCAAAUUCAGUGGAUUUUCCUAACAGCCAUCCCCGAGCCCUCGUCAGACAAACGGCAGUGGAUGAUUUGCCUCUAAGUAACGUGGUUGAUCAUCCUCCUCCCUCGGAGGAGCUGCAAGGGAGCAAAAAGCUUGGGGCUGGAGAAGUAAUCAGGGCUAAAAAUAACAAACACAAUCAAAGGAAGUUAAAGAAGUUCUCUCAAGAAAAAUGGCAAAUGUAUGGAGAUGAAACAUUUAAGAAAAUCUACCAAAAGAUGAAAAGCAGUCAAAACGCCAAGAAAAUUAAACCAAGGGGGAAUAAGAUUACAGAUAUCACAAGCUUCUCUCCCGAUUCAAAGGAAUCAGUCAGCAGUACUGAAAUUACGGAGGAAAGAGAUGGCAGGAGCUCUGUCAGUGACAGUCUCUCCUCCCUUGUGACAACAGAAACCUCUACUAAUGGUAACCACAUUCCACAGAAUGUCCUCUCCAAGGAAACCGCAGACAGUUCGACCUGCGUCACGGAGACGCCACGCUCAGUGAAGGCCGGUGUGCAGGCUGCAGUGAGCGAAACUUCCCCGGACCUCAGUGGCAGUGACACAGACAAGUGCGCAGGUGGCAACAGCGUGUUACGAGCUCCGAGCGGUUGUGAGCUCAGGCUUCAAAAUCCUCGGUGUCAGCUGAACGCUGAUGGAAGGAAUGAUGACUGCUUGCCAGUGCAGAGGAGCAAGUGGGAAAAACCAAGCCCUGGGAAAGAAUCCAGUACAUCUGAAUCAGACUAUAAAAGCACUUCAAACAGUUAUGGAAACCAUAGCCGGAGUACGGGAACUGGCCAGCAUGCCCUGACACCCCCGUGGGCCCAUUGCAACAACAGCAGAGAAGCUGCAGGGAAAUCCCAGAAUUUACCAUCAGAAAGAAAAAAGCUGAAAUUCGAAGCGGAGAAGACAAAAACCAUUAUUUCAAAGCCCUGCCCUAGUCCCAGCAGUGAAAACAGCGUGGUAAAUGAAGCAGAGAGGGUCUAUGGCACUAACGCUCAGUCUCCUGACACAGCACCAGUGACGUUCUCCAGUACAGCAGAGGAGCAAAACUUAAGCACAGGAAUUAAUGAAUCCACUGGAGGUACUGAGAAUGUGGAGUAUAUGAAAACAAUCCAACUCCCCACCAAAGCUCCUAAUUAUAGCGACGCUAACCCUCUUUCACAUUCAGCAGGUAUCUCAAAAGCUUCACUUGUGGGAUUUUUAGGGCCUGAAUUAAGGGGAAGUGAUUGCGAUUCUUUUGCCUUGCACAAUGCAACAGAUAAAGAUGUCAAAACAUGUCUUGCGAGAACAGCAGCAAAAGUACCACUUUUCAGUGACAAUGCUGCUGACAUGUCUUUGAAAACUCAUCAUCUGCAACCUGGUCAUUUAAAUCCAGUCCCACAACAAAAUGCCUUUUCUCCAAAAUAUAUCCUUAAAGUGCCCCAAGACAAGAGAGCCUCAGAUUUGUCACUUUUGCUUAGAUCGGAACAGAAGAUUACACCUUGCACAUCUGUGACAGACACCUUAACCAACCCCCUCUGCUCUUCCAACAGCGGAUCGCUCAGUUCUCAGUCUAAUGAUGUGUUUUGGUCCCCUUUAAAACUUGAAGUCAGACAAAAGGCGAGCAAAGGAGAGCUACGAUGGAACGUACAUGCAAACUGGAAGACUCCAGUAUUUUGUUCUCCAGUCAAUUCAGAAACAACAAAUAUCUUAACCACAGCAGAUAACACCUUUUAUAAUGCUUGGAAAACCAAAUGGGACAAAAAUAAAUUAAAUUUUCAAAGACAAACAGAAGAGAAGUGGGUGAGCGUAACUACUUCCUCUACACAGACCCCCAGGAAGAAAAUAUGCUUUACUUCUCUGUAUACAAGUGGUUUUUUCCUAUCAGCUGACAUCAAAGAAGAGAGGAAGGUUUUACAUCACCUUUGCUCAGGAAGUGACCCUUUGAUAAUGACGUCAGCUUUUCGCCAGGGUGCAGAGCCAACACUCCCAGGGUGGGACAGGGGUGGAGGUCCAUGCGUUCUUGAGGACACUUCCCCAGCAGUGCAGGAGACGCAGCACUCUCAGCGCUCAACAGACAACCCCACUUAUUUUUGCCAUUCUUUUGGCACUUUGUAUUGCCACACUCUCACCACUCGCUGUAAAGAAUUCCCAGCACUACCCCACGAUAAUCCGACUUGCUACUCUGGAAGUUUAAUGGUAUCAAGCACGAAGAGCACCUUCCCCUCGCUGAACGCUGAACCUCGACUAACUUGGUGUUGUUUGACAAGAAGCCUUCCUCUGCCUGCGGAGCAGAAGGGCAACGCAGACUCUGCUUACUCCUCCCUGCACACCCGUGACGAGGAAUCCAGCAAUGAAUGCACGCUGUCGAAAUACGAUAUUUCUAUUUUCAAAAUGAAAAAUAUUAGCAAGACCGUGGCAUAUGGCUUAACAAACAGGAGUUUAAAAACAUUGGUUUCAUCCUUUUCUAAAGGACAACAGAUGCAGGAGUUAAACUCAACAGCUCCUGGUGGUGCUUUCAAAAAUAUUUCAGAGCAAAAGAAGAAAACAGUAGUUUGCAAAAAGGAAAAACUCUCAACAAAUAAACUCAAGAGGAGCCACAAACAGAAAAAGAUUAAAGUCACCCCAAAAUGGCACAGAGGGAGGCACGUACAUGGAUAUGCUCAGUGGAAAAAUAACCGAGCAAGCAAGCGGCACUGUUUUCCAAAUAGAACACCAGAUGCUUUGAAAAAGGGCUCUUCAUCACAGCCCCGGACAUUUAGUAAGAAGUGCCAUUCUCCUCAAUCAAAGGUACAAGAAAAUUACCUACACCAGCAAAAAGUCACAUCUCAUUCCACCUCAGACAAGCCACUUUGCAGAAGGAAAACAGAAGGAAAGAAUAACUCAGGAAUAUCUUCCCAUACUGAAAAUCUAAACCACGUUAAACACAAAGACAAAAUGGAUAAAAAAGACAUUUCUGAGCAAAUCAGGGAACACACAAGAACAAACUUCUCUUUUCAGAACAUUACAGCUCCUCUGGAAAUACCUAUGACAGCUCAUUCCUUUUCAUCCACAGUGAACGCAGCCACGCUGCCAGUUAGCAGUGAUGUGGAAAUCUGCUGUUUAGUGACACAACCACUGGUGCUUCAGCCAUCGGUCCCAGGGGAGUCACAGCCAAACGUUCAGAGGGACUCAAUGGCAUCUUCUUUUUGGUCUUGCCCUUCUGAUUUUACAAACACAGGCACAGGUGACCAACCUGACAGCACAAACUCAGAGACUACUGGUCAUCUCUCCUUACAUCUAGAAGCAAGUCGGGAAAACACACUAAAUGUAGAGCGGGAGAGUCAAAGAUUUGGCACAUUAGACCCGGUGAUCCCAGCUUCAGGAAGGGAGAAACCUCCAGUUGAAGAAAACACAUAUUCAUCUCCAAAAGACAACUCAAGUCCCAGUUCCCAGCCUGGAUGUUCACGUUUAUUCGGAUCAAAAGCAGAGACUCCUCCUGAGUCCAUCACAAGGACUAAAUUACCCAGUGUAGAAUACACAGAGCGGCCAAACGUUUCUCAAAAAAUCCUUGACCUUUGUGGAAGUGCGGACAAGAACAGAACCCACCCGCAGUCAAACAGCUACGGAAGGCCACACGGAACAGCUACUGCUGCCUUUAAAAAGCCCCCGAUUACUCUCAGGUCCCCCAAGUUGGAGACUUACUCUGCAACACCUUCCAAGACAUACAAAAAGAGAGGUUUAGAGAUGAUGAGGAAGCAAACCAGAGUUGAGUAUGAUGACACUAGCAGUGAUGAUGAAGAUAGGCUUGUUAUAGAAAUAUAG